AUUCAUCCAUAUUCAUAAAUAGUUGGACUCAUUAGCAAUUGCUUCACUAAGCGGCAUGCUUUCUGUAUGUAUGGGCAAGGCUCAAAGAAUUUUAGAGAAGAAAGAGGAUGAAGGAGGUUCAGGUAUCCGACUGUCAAUGCUGAUAAUCCUACAUUCUUGAUAACACAUUCUUACAUGAACUCUCACGCACUAAUUAACACACUAAUUAAGGAAGUUAAUUUUAUUAAAUCUUAGCACUAAAUUUAACAACAGAGAAUCAAUUGUUAUAAAGUUUAAAAUACAUAAAAGAAAUUGUUAACUGAAUUUGAAAGGCUUAACUAACGUCCUUAGCCUAAAUAUGUAUAAGUUGAAGAUUAAUUAAAGCUCAAUCUUGAGUGGAUAUAACUGUAAUUUCAAAAUUGGUUUUGCGAGCGAGGGAGGGAACCAACUUUCUCCUAAGAAUUAAUCAGCGCGAGAGUUUCUGAAGAACAAAGAGAAAAGCAGCUGAAAGGAAAGAAGACACGAGGACAUGUCCGUGUUCAAUGGCAUCGGAUUAGGGUUAGCUUUUACGAAUCCCAAUUCCACUUGCAUUUUUCAUUCUAAUACAAGAUUUUUCCCACAAUCCCUCACUUCAAUUCCUGAAUUUCGUCCAAUUUCACUUCGUUCUCGUGCAUUGCUUUCUGAAAAUGGCGAUGAUUCUAAGUUUGACGCUGUGAGUACUUCUACACCCACUGCUACUGAUGCUAAGAAGAGCUCUGGAACCUCUGCUAGAAGUCGUCGAUUGCUUAAGCUUCGUGAAGAGAAACGCAAACGAGAACAUGAUCGUCUCCACAAUUAUCCUGCUUGGGCGAAAGUGUUGGAAGAUGCCUGCAAAAACGAUGCGGAAUUACGAGCUGUUCUUGGCGAUAGCAUUGGCAAUCCAGAGGAGAUGAGAAAAAAGGUUGAAGAGAGAGUACGGAGGAAGGGUAGAGAUUUCCAAAAGUCUAAAACGGGUUCCAUCCUUGCCUUCAAAGUCAGCUUUAGAGACUUCAAUCCUCUUGAUUCCUACAUAUGGUUUGAGCUGAUUGGAUCACCAACUGAUCGAGAUGUUGAUCUUAUUGGCAGUGUUAUCCAGUCAUGGUAUGUCAUGGGUCGAUUGGGGGCCUUUAACUCUUCAAAUUUGCAGCUGGCGAAUUCAUCCAUGGAGUACAAUCCUGUCUACGAUGCAGAUAAAGGGUUUAAAGUGAUGCAGUCAUCAUUUCAUGAUAUCAGUGAUGUUGAGUUUCAGGACAACUGGGGCCGGGUUUGGGUCGACCUCGGUACGUCUGAUUAUUUCGCCAUCGAUGUUCUAUUGAACUGCUUGACUGUUCUAAGCUCAGAAUAUUUAGGCAUCCAACAAGUUGUGUUUGGUGGACGUCGAAUGGGCGAUUGGGAAGAAGGGAUGACAAGUCCUGACUAUGGGUACAAGUCUUUCAAAAUCUAAACUUUUACUUUUAAAAUCCUGAGUGUAUAUAUAAUGCCUAAAUCUUUAUCGUUUAAAUUUCUUCCCUAAUAGUAGGAACUUUUUUUAGUACGCGGCGGGUAGGAAGAUUCGAACCUUAGAUCUUUUAACCGCUAACACAUUUUUGUAUUAGUGGACAGUUAUAUCUACUUGCUUUAGCAAUCAUAGGAAGCUUUUAGGCUUUAGUUCAAGUAGUUUAAAAA